CCGUCUCCCUUCUUUCCACCCGCGGAACCAGGAACCGGGUUCUUCUUCCUGCCCCCGGGACCGGAGCUUCCCCGCGUGACAGCCAGCUGCUCCAGGCUUGGGUGACUCCGGGGAGGGGCGAGCGCCGGCAGCAGCUGCCCCUGGCUUCGGGUCCACGCGUGGCCUCGGCACCCGGGCCGGUGGGAAGGGCCUAGCGCGGCUAGGUAGUAACCUCCCGGGCUUUGGCCAGAUGGGCGCCGGGCGGGGGCCUCUGUCUGGCUGCUCCUAAUGCUCCCCGAGCGGGAGUGGUGUGUGAAGGGAAAGUGGGAAGGGCAGGCAUAUACUGGUUGGGCUCCAGCCAUGGAGAAAAUCCAUGGACAUGAGUCUGCCCACCUGAACAUUCUCUCCUUGGAGAACCAGUGCCUGGCCACACUUCCUGACCUGAAGACCUUGCAGAAACGACAUGGGCAUGUGUCUGCCCACCUGAACAUUCUCUCCUUGGAGAACCAGUGCCUGGCCACACUUCCUGACCUGAAGACCUUGCAGAAACGACAUGGGCAUGUGUCUGCCCACUCAGACGUCCUCUCUUUGGAGAACCAGUGCCUGGCCACAUUUUCUGACCUGAAAAUCUUAGAGGAUCCAUGUGGGCCUGGGUGUGCCCACUCAGACAUCCUCUCCUUGGAGAACCGGUGCCUGGCCGCAUUUCCUGACCUGAAGACCUUGGAGAAACCACACGGGCCUGUGUCUCCCCACCUGGACAUCCUCUCUUUGGAGAACCAUUGCCUGGCCACACUUCCUGACCUGAAGACUUUAGAAGAACCACGUGGUCAUGGGUCUGUCCACCGAGACAUCCUCUCCUUGGAAAACCGGUGCUUGGCCACACUCCCCAUAUUAAAGAGCACUGUGUCUCCUAGCCCCUUGCUCCAUAAUCUCCAGCUGUCUCGACUGGUACAAGCUGAUCUGUGCAGCCUGAAUGCCAGCAACCACUUGGUCUCUGAGCCUCCAGCCUCAAGGGCUCAGUGCCUCUCUGAAGGAUUAAGCCUUCUGACCUGCCCCAGGGUCUUGAAAACCAUCUCUGCCACAGAGACAGCUCAGGAAGCAGCUUUGGGUCGCUGGUCUUCAGGAGAGAAAAAGUCGGAUGAGAAGGAAUGGGCAGAGGCUGAAAUGCCUUUUUAUAGUCUAAGCCUGGGAGAGAAGGAGGAGGUGGAGGAGCUGGCUCUGAAGCUCACUCAUGGGGACUCUGAAUCUCAUCCCGAGCCUACUGACCAGGCCCUUCAGGAAAAGAAGAUGGUUCUGAUCAGCUAUCUUUGUUCUACCCUGGCGUCAAAUGCAAACAUGAAAAAUGAGGCUUACUCUAUCCAGACUUUCCUCCUUGAGCUCUGUAGUGAGCUUGCCCCCUUGGAGCCUGAAUUUAUCCUCAAGGCAUCUCUGUACGCCAGGCAGCAGCUGAAUGUCCGGGAUGUAGCCAACAACGUCUUGGCUAUUGCUGCCUUCUUGCCAGUCUGCCGCCCCCACCUGCGACGAUAUUUCUGUGCCAUCGUCCAGCUGCCUUCUGAUUGGAUCCAGGUAGCUGAGUUCUACCAGAGCCUGGCCAGAGGAGAGGAGGACAAGCUGGUGCCCUUGCCUGCCUGCCUACGUGCUGCGAUGACGGACAAAUUUGCCCAGUUUGACGAGUAUCAACUGGCCAAGUACAACCCUCGGAAGCACAGGGCCAAGAGGCGCCCCCGCCGGCCACCCCGCCCUCCAAAGGAGCAUACAUUUUCUAAGACAAAGCAAUUUUUGCCAAAGUUCAUUCGGCCUCUUCAAGGUGAACAAAUGAUGUUUGAGGCGACCUACAAUGCAGUAUCAAAGAAAGAGAGUGAGCCAAGGUUCACCCUGAAAAAGUUGGUACAGCGACUGCACAUCAGGGAGCCUGCCCAGCAUGUCCAAGCCCUGCUGGGCUGCAGAUAUCCCUCCGACCUACAGGCCUUUUCUCGAAGUCGCCUCCCGGGCCCCUGGGAUUCCAGCAGAGCUGGGAAACGGAUGAAGCUCGCCCGGCCUGAGACCUGGGAGCGGGAGCUGAGCUUGCGGGGAAACAAAGCUUCUGUCUGGGAGGAACUCCUUGACAGGGGGAAGCUUCCUUUCAUGGCCAUGCUUCGGAAUCUGUGCAACCUGCUGCGGGUUGGAAUCAGCGACUUCCACCACGAGCUUGUGCUCCAGAGACUCCAGCAGGCUAGGUCAGUGAUCCACAGUCGACAGUUUCCAUUCAGAUUCCUUAAUGCUCAUGAUUCCAUCAAUGACCUUGAGGCUCAACUUGAAAAGAAAGCAUUGCCAUUUCCUUCCAAUAUGAAACUGCUACAGCGGAUAAUGAUUAAAAACACAAGAUAUGGUAAGAGGUUUGCCAGUUACUGGCAGUCUUGCAAACCAAGUCGUCGGGAACUUCGGGCAGCAAUGAUGAUCCCUCUGAUAUAUGAGCAGCUCAAGCGGACGAAGCUGAAAAUACACAAGGCCAGACAGUGGAAAUGUGACCGUGAGAUGCUGGCUCGGUAUCGACAGGCCCUGGAGACAGCUGUGAACCUCUCCGUCAAACACAGCCUGCCCCCCCUGCCAGGCCGCACCCUCUUGGCCUAUCUGACAGAUGCUAAUGCAGACAAGAUCUUUCCCAAGAGCAACCUGCAAGGGCCCCCUCUGAACUAUGUGCUCCUGUUGAUUGGAAUGAUGAUGGCUCGGACAGAGCAGGUGGAUCUCCUGUUGUGUGGAAGAGGCAUUGUCAAGACUCCUGUGAUUAAUGCAGAGCAAGGUAUCCUGAAGACGGCCACUGAACUCCAAGCUCAAGUCCAGGAGCUGGAUGAAAAGUUGGAUGAAUGGUCCCUGUCUGCUUUGGGGGAGCACUUGCUGUCCCUGGCUACCCAAAGGGUCCCUGUGGACAGGGUCAUCAUCUUUGGCGAAAGUACAGAUGAUAAGCUGAUAAAUGCAGCGAAACAGCUUUUCUGGCAGCACGUGAAUCCCAAGUGCCUCUUUGUUGGUGUCCUUCUGAGAAAGACAGGUUACCUGUGCACAGAUUUGAAUCCCAAUGACGUGACACUCUCAGGCUGUACUGACGGGAUACUGAAGUUCAUCGCAGAGCGUGGUGCCUCCCGCCUAUUAGAACAUGUAGGCCAAAUGGAUAAAAUAUUCAAGAUUCCACCACCUCCAGGAAAGACAGGGGUCCAGUCUCUCCGGCCACUGGAAGAGAAUACUCCAAGCCCCUUGGCUCCGAUUUCCCAGGGAUGGCGCAGCGUCCGGCUCUUCAUUUCUUCCACUUUCCGGGACAUGCAUGGGGAGCGGGACCUGCUGCUGAGGUCCCUGCUGCCAGCACUGCAGGCCCGAGCGGCCCCCCACUGCAUCAGCCUUCACGCCAUCGACCUGCGCUGGGGCAUCACUGAGGAGGAGACCCGUCGGAACAGACAACUGGAAGUGUGCCUUGGGGAGGUGGAGAACUCGCAGCUGUUUGUGGGGAUCCUGGGCUCCCGCUAUGGCUAUGUUCCCCCCAACUACAGUCUCCCUGACCAUCCUCACUUCCGCUGGGCCCAGCAGUACCCCUCGGGUCGCUCUGUGACAGAGAUGGAGGUGAUGCAGUUCCUGAAUCGGGGCCUCCGCCUGCAGCCCUCUGCCCAGCCUCUAAUCUACUUCCGGGAUUCUAGCUUCCUCAGCUCUGUGCCAGAUGCCUGGAAACCUGACUUCAUUUCUGAGUCUGAAGAGGCUGCACAUCGGAUCUCAGAACUGAAGAGCUACCUGAACAGACAGAAAGGGAUUACCUGUCGCAGAUACUGCUGCGAGUGGGGGGGUGUGGCAGCUGGCCGGCCCUAUGUUGGGGGACUGGAGGAGUUUGGGCAGCUGGUUCUGCAGGAUGUGUGGAAUAUGAUCCAAAAGCUUUACUUGCAGCCUGGGGCCCAGCUGGAGCAGCCAGGGUCCAUCCUGGAUGAUGACAUGGUCCAGGCUACCUUUCAGCAGCUACAGAACCCACCGAGUUCUGCCCGACCCCGCCUUCUUCAGGACACAAUGCGACAGCUGAUGCAGCACCAGGGGAGGCUGACCGUGGUGACUGGGCAGUCGGGACAGGGCAAGACCGCCUUCCUGGCGUCCCUUGUGUCAGCCCUGCAGGCUUCCGAUGGGGCCACGGUGGCCCCCUUAGUCUUCUUCCACUUUUCAGGGGCCCGCCCUGACCAGGGUCUUGCCCUCAUCCUGCUCAGACGCCUCUGUGCCUAUCUGCAUGGCCAACUGCAAGAGCCAAGUGCCCUCCCCAGCACCUACCGGAGCCUGGUGUGGGAGCUGCAGCAGAGGCUGCUGCCCAGGACUGCUCAGUCCCUGAAACCUGGCCAGCCUCUGGUGCUGAUCAUUGAUGGGGCUGACAGGUUGGUUGACCAACAUGGGCAGCUGAUCUCAGACUGGAUCCCAAAGACCCUUCCCCGGUGGGUGCACCUGGUGCUGAGCGUGUCUGGUGAUUCAAGUCUGGGGGAGACCCUUGAGCAGAGCCAAGGUGCCCACGUGGUGGCUCUGGAGCCACUGGAGCCGUCAGCCCGGGCCCAGCUGGUGCGAGAGGAACUGGCUCUGUAUGGGAAGCGGCUGGAAGAGUCACCAUUUAACAACCAGAUGCGGCUGCUGCUGGUGAAACGGGGGUCAGCCCUGCCUCUCUACCUGCGCUUGGUCACCGAUCACCUAAGACUCUUCACGCUCUAUGAGCAGGUGUCGGAGAGACUCCGGACCCUGCCCGCCACUGUCCCCUUGCUGCUGCAGUACAUCCUGGGCACCCUGGAGCAAGAGCAUGGCCCUGAUGUCCUUCCCCAAGUCUUGGCCACUCUUGAGGUCACACGGAGCGGUCUGACUGUGGACCAGUUGCAUGGAGUGCUGAGUGCAUGGCGGAUACUUCCCAGGGGGACCAAGACCUGGGAAGGAGCCGUGGCUGCUGGUAACAGCAGGGACCUGUACCCCAUGGGCCCAUUUGCCUACCUCAUCCAGAGUCUGCGCAGUUUGCUAGGAGAGGGCCCCCUCGAGCGCCCUGGUGCCCGGCUUUGCCUCCAUGACGGGCCCCUGAGAACAGCUGCCAAGUGUCGCUAUGGGAAGAGGCCAGAGCUGGAGAAGACGGCACACCUCCUCAUUGCAGCUCAGCUCUGGAAGAUGUGUGACCCUGAUGCCUCAGGUACCUUCCGAAGUUGCCCUCCUGCAGCUCUGGGAGACCUGCCUCAUCACCUGCUCCAGAGUGGGAACCAUGGCCUUCUUGCAAAGUUCCUCACCAGUCUCCAUGUGGUGGCUGCACACCUGGAACUGGGUUUGGUCCCUCAGCUUCUGGAGGCCCACGCCCUCUAUGCUUCCUCUGUUCCUGAUGAGGAACAGAAGCUCCCUGAGACUGAUGUUGCUGUAUUUCACACCUUCCUGAGGCAUCAGGCUCCAGUCCUCAACCAGUAUCCCCUGCUCCUGCACCAACAGGCAGCCAACCAGCCUCUAGACUCCCCUCUUUGUCACCAGGCCCCCCAGCUCUCCCAGCGAUGGCAUCUCCAGCACAUGCUACGUUGGCUUAACAAACCCCAGACCCUGGGAGUCCAGCAAAGCUCCAGUGUGUCCCUGGCGGUUUCCUCAUCCCCCACAGCCGUGGCCUUCUCCCCCAAUGGGCAAAGAGCAGCUGUGGGCACCGCCAAUGGGACGGUUUACCUGUUAGACCUGAGAACCUGGCAGGAGGAGAGGUCUUUGGUGAGUGGCUGUGAUGGGGUCUCCUCUUGUUUGUUCCUCUCGGACAAUGCCCUCUUUCUUACUGCCUUUGAUGGGCUUCUGGAGCUUUGGGACCUGCAGCAUGGUUGUCGGGUGCUCCAGACCAAGGCUCACCAAAACAGGAUCACUGGCUGCUGCCUGAGCCCAGACCGCCGGCUGCUGGCCACCGUGUGCCUGGGAGGAUGCCUGAAGCUAUGGGACACAGUCCGCGGGCAGCUGGCCUCCCAGCACACCUGUCCCAAGCCCCUAAACUGUACUGCUUUUCACCCAGAGGGGCAAAUACUAGCCAUUGGCAGCUGGGCUGGCAGUUUCAGCUUCGUCCAGGUGGAUGGGCUCAGAGUCACUAAGGAGCUGGGGGCCCCAGGAGCCUCUGUCCGUACCUUGGCCUUCACUGUGUCUGGGCGAGUUGCAGCUGUGGGCCGGCUGGACGGGAUGGUAGAGCUGUGGGCCUGGCACGAGGGGGCACGGCUGGCUGCCUUCCCCACCCACUGUGGCUUUGUUGCUGCUGCCCUUUUCCUGCGUGCUGGGUGCCAGUUACUGACGGCCGGAGAGGAUGGCAAGGUUCAGGUGUGGUCCGGGUCUCUUGGUCGGCCCCGCGGGUGCCUUGGAACCACCUGCCUCUCUCCUGCCCUCUCUGUGGCUCUCAGCCCAGAUGGUGAUCGGGUGGCUGUUGGGUACCAAGCAGAUGGCAUUUGGAUUUACAGAAUUUCUUCAGGUUCCCAGGGGGCUCAAUGUCAAGCACUAGACGUGGCAGUGUCUGCACUAGUCUGGCUCAGCCCUCAGGUGUUGGUGAGUGGUGCCCAAGAUGGGGCCCUGCAGGGCUGGAUGCUCAAGGGAAGCUCCCUUCAGUCCCUCUGGCUCUGGUCCAGUCACUGGAAGGCUGUGCUGGGACUGGCCGCCUCCCAGGAACUCUUGGCUGCUGCUUCAGAGGACUUCACGGUGCGGCUGUGGCCAAGGCAGUUGCUGACACUGCCCCAAAAGACAGAAGACUUUCCCUGUGGCAUUGAGCUCCGGGGACAUGAGGGCCCCGUAAGCUGCUGUAGCUUCAGCACUGAUGGAUGCAGCUUGGCCACCGGGGGCAGGGAUCGGAGUCUGCUCUGCUGGGAUGUGAGGACACUCAAAGCCCCUGUUCUGAUUUGCUCCUUCUCUGCCUGUCACCGAGACUGGGUCACUGGCUGUGCCUGGACCAAAGACAACCUCCUGGUCUCCUGCUCCAGUGAUGGCUCUGUGGGGCUAUGGGACCCGGAGUCGAGACAGAAACUUGGUCAUUUCCUGGGUCAUCAGAGUGCUGUGAGCGCCGUGGUGGCUGUGGAGGAACACGUGGUAUCGGUGGGCCGAGAUGGGACCUUGAAAGUUUGGGACCAUCAGGGUGUGGAGAUGACCAGUAUCCCUGCUCACUUAGGACCCAUCAGCCACUGUGCAGCUGCUCAGGAGCCCCGAGCAGCGGGCCAGCCAGGGUCAGAGCUUCUGGUGGUGACUGUUGGAUUGGAUGGGGCCACACGGCUGUGGCAUCCACUCCUGGUGUUUCAGAUACACACCCUUCUGGGACACAGUGGUUCAGUCAAUGCAGCUGCUGUUUCAGAGACCUCAGGCCUCCUGCUGACUGCCUCAGAGGAUGGUUCCAUACGGCUCUGGCAGGUGCCUGAAGAAGCAGAUGACACACAUAUACCCAGGAGUUCUGCUGCCAUCACUGCUGUGGCCUGGGCCCCAGACGGUUCUGUAGCGGUGUCGGGAAAUCAAGCUGGGGAACUAACACUGUGGCAGGAAGCUAAAGCUGUGGCCACAGCACAGGCUCCAGGUUGCAUCAGUGCUCUGAUCUGGUACUCAGCACAUACCUUGAUUGUUGUCAGUGCUGAUAAAAAAGUCAGCGAGUGGCAAGUGGAACUGCAGAAGGGCUCAGCACCCAGAAAUUGCAGUUUUCACCUGAAUCGAGUUCUGCAGGAAGACUUAGGGUUCCUGACAGGUGUAAGCCUGGCCCCUGACAGUCAGUCCCUCAUGUUGGCCAAAGCAGAUUUGCAAGUAAUGCAAAUGAAGCCAGGGGAAGAUCCAUCUAAAAUCUGGGAAAGCUAUUCAGAACAUCCCAUGAUGUUGUCUACCCACCAGCACUAUGGUGUGUUUGUCCUGCAGUCAAUGAACCUUGGAAUUCUUUCGAGGCAAAAGGAAUCAGGAGAGUUUGAAAAGUGCCUGGAAUUUGAUCUGAACUUAGAGAAUCCUAAUAAGACCCUCAUAUCAGUAACUCAGGCCAAACCUGAAUCUGAGUCCUCAUUUUUGUGUGCCAGCUCCGAUGGGAUGCUGUGGAACCUAGCCAAAUGCACUGAUGAAGGAGAAUGGACCACAGAGAAUAUCUGGGAGAAAAAAGAAAUGCCUGAAUCCCAAACUCCAGGUUCAGACUCAUCUGUGUGUUCUGAGUUUGGGUUUGUCUGGCAAACAACUCCACAACUAAAGACACGGCAGCGUAAAAAGGUUCACACGAGCUCUGUCACAGCCCUCCAUGUGUUGCCUGGGUUGCUGGUGACAGCUUCAAAGGACAGAGAUGUUAAACUGUGGGAGAGACCCAGUAUGCAGCUGCUGGGCCUGUUCCGAUGCGAAGGGCCAGUGAGCUGCCUGGAACCCUGGCUGGGUCCUAACUCUACCCUGCACCUUGCAGUAGGAGAUACCCAGGGCAAUGUGUACUUUCUGUCCUGGGAAUGAAGAUGUGCUACUCAGGACAAAGAGACCACUUGUGCUGGAGAUGGAAAGCCUGAAGAUACCAGUGGCUGCUUUCUUGAUACAAUUAUAUCAAUAAAGUAUCAGAAAAUCUCA